UUCUAUACUAGCUGUAUUCUAUGUACAUAUACGUGAAAUAAGAUAGGUGAAUGUAGAAAAUAAGACCAAGGACACGAUAUAUGGGUUGAUCGUGUGUUUCACCUGCAUUAAAUGAAGUAGGUUGCGUACUUAGUCUGUCCAGAUUCCAGCAUUGAACAUCAGGUGUUAAAAAUGAGAGCUGGACCACUUUUACUUUUGCUAAUUUGUGGCCUUUUCUGUAAGGAAAUAACCGCUAAAUCUAAGUUAAAAUGGUGGCAGACGUCAAUUAUUUAUCAGAUAUAUCCGCGUUCUUUUAAAGAUUCAGAUGGAGAUGGUGUGGGUGAUUUGAAAGGUAUCAUAUCUAAAAUAGACCACUUUGUAUAUAUUGGUGUGAAAGCUAUUUGGCUGAGCCCCUUUUAUCCAUCACCAAUGAAAGAUUUUGGGUAUGAUAUAUCUAAUCAUACUGAUGUUGAUCCUGUAUUUGGCACAUUAGAUGAUUUCCGGAAUUUAUUAACAGAAUGUCACAAGAAAGAUAUAAAGGUUAUCAUAGACUUUGUUCCAAACCACACAAGUGACCUCCAUCCAUGGUUCCGUGCCAGUAUCCGCAAUGAAGAACCGUAUAAAGAUUUCUAUGUCUGGACAGAUGGUAUAGAGGGGCCCGAUGGUACAAGAAUCAAACCUAACAACUGGCUGAGUGUGUUUGGUGGUGAGGUAUGGAAAUGGAAUGAACAACGACAACAGUUUUAUUAUCAUGCGUUUUUAGAAAGUCAACCUGAUCUCAACUAUAGAAAUCCUAAAGUUAUAGAAGAAAUGAAUAACGUCAUACGAUUUUGGAGUGAGAUGGGUGUCGAUGGGAUUAGAGUAGACGCCAUUACAAAUCUGUAUGAAGUAGCAGAUGUGAGUUUAAACGAACCGUUAAGCGGGAAACCUGGCGUUCCGGAGUUUCAAUAUGAAUAUUUAAAUCAUAUCUACUCAUCGAAUUUGCCUGAGAUUGAAGGUGCUAUUCGUGGAUGGAGGAAUGCAAUGAAUGAAUUUGCAAAUGAAGAUGAGUCAAGGUUUAUGGUUGUUGAAUUAUAUGAUACACCAGAUAAUCGUAAUGCUUAUCUGGGAUAUGGUUGUGAUCUACCCUUUAACUUUGAUCUCGUUGAUCCUGGUAUAACUGCUGAUUGUGGAGGUCGAUGUAUGAGAGACUUGGUUGAUAUUGAGUAUUCGUCACUGCCUAAAAAUUCUUGGCCAAAUUUUGUGCUAGGUAAUCAUGAUCGUAAACGUAUAACAAAGAAAAGGGGACCAGGCGCAGCUAAUGCCAUGAAUAUGUUGCUACUGACCCUGAGAGGAACACCAACAACAUAUUACGGUGAAGAGAUCGGUAUGAUAGAAGUUGAUGUACCAUUUGAAGACACCAAAGAUCCUUGGGGAAUAAAUUACGGAAAGGAACGUUAUACAGAAUUCACCAGAGAUCCUUGUAGGACACCAUUACAGUGGAGUGGGGAUUACCAAAGUGGUUUUACUACCGCCGAGAAACCUUGGUUACCUAUACAUGCUAAUUAUAAAACUCUCAAUGUUGAGGCCCAGAAAGCCUCUAAAGAAUUGAGCCCACUACAACUUUACAAACAACUUGGGGAACUCAGAGAAAAUCCAGCAUUUCAAUAUGGCGAUCUUAUCUAUGCUGUCGUCAACGACAAUAUAUUUUCGUACAUUCGCAAUUCUGUGGGCGAUUCUCGUUACCUCGUUACUAUUAAUUUCGGUAAAACUAAUUCUAAAGACGAUUAUACUGACUAUACAGAUGGCAGAGUUCUGGGAAGAAUAAUUGCCCACACUGGUAAUAUGAAGAAUGAACCUUACUAUAAGAAGGACAUGGAGAUACCAUUAAAUGGUAUAUUAUUACAGCCAGAUCAAGGUUUAGUUAUAGAGUUGUUAAAUAAACGACAGGAACUCUAGAUCACGCAAGCACACACAAUAUAGU